AUGGAUCGCGCCAGAAAGCGCCACCUCCGGGCGCUGAACGAGCGCGCAUGGGCAGGCGAGACAGAUCUCUUCGCCGUCAACAAGUCUCUGGACUCGUCUCUGAAGAAGAACACUGCUUUUAUCCGGCGCUUGCGAACGGCCAUCUCCUCUGCGACCCUCAACUCCUUCCUGCAAGAAAUCGCUUCGCUCAGUCUCAGCAAGUACCUGUCCGAGAUCAUUUCCGCCUGCUAUGAGGGCCUCUGUCGCCUCAAAAACCCCUCCGACAUCGAGGCCGGCGUCGAAAUCGUCUCGGCUCUCCACCAGCGCUUUGGGCCCUCUGAUUUCACCGAAUAUCUUGGAUGGCUGCUGGGCAAGGGCAUGGCCCAGCCGGACAAGAGCAUGAUCAAAUCUCAGACCACCGAGGCACGUGAGAAAGACGAAAAGGAGCGCAUCACUCUCCAGCGCGUGCUCCUUCGCGUUGUCACUGAGUUGUGGCUCGCCGGCGUUUUGCGCACGCUGGAUGAUGUCAACCGUCCCGACGAUGCUACCAAGGGUGCUGCCGGAAAAACGGCAGACGUCAAGCUUCGAAACGGAGUUGCGAACAAAGCCGGCGCCGCCGAUCCCUUUCCGCUGGCCGUCUUGAAAGACCUUCUCGGCCACGACCGCGAACACGUUAACCUUCCUCUGCUUGUCACAUUUGUCAAGGCCUUCAGCUGGGAUGUACUCGGGGUCAAGGGCGCCGGCUCCGAGAGCCGCAAAAUCGGCGACGAUGACAGCAGCGCAAAGACAAACGGGCAAACCGACAAGGAAAACGGCAAAGCGGAAACCGAAGCCGCAGCCGCAGCUGAUGGUGCCGAUCAAGCUCAACAGCUGUCUGCUGUGCAAGGCCCACCGACCGACGAACAGUCGAUCACCCCGCGAGAGUUGCAGGAAAAGUUUAAGAGCAUCCUCAGCCGCUACUUUGACGAUGUAAAGGGCCACUUGGUGCGCGACCAGAAGGCUAUCUCGAACCAGUCACGCCGCAAUGCCGAGGCCUACGUCAAAUCUGGUGAGGUUUUUGAGGACCGCCAAUCAAACUUCGAAAAGCAAGUCAAAGCCCAGGAACGGCUUGUGGCCAAUGCUCAGGUGAUCGCUGACGUUAUUGGCGCCGAGAUGCCCGAGCUCAAAGACGGAGAGGAUGGUCCUUCUGCCACUGGUGGAUCGAUCGGCAUUGUCAAGGCUGGGGACUACCUGCGUGACCAGGGCGAGGGGGCGGGCAUCUGGGAAGAUGAGGAGGAGCGCCGCUUUUACGAAAACCUGGUUGACUUAAAGGGCAAGGUGCCAGCCAUUCUCCUAGAGGAUGUCAAGAAGAAAAAGACCGAUACGGACGAGCAGGUGGGCAAGAAGGCCGACCCGAGUGAAGGGCCGGAACCCCCGAAGCCAGCGGACAGUGCUGGGACCACCGUCUCGACCGACGAGCUGUCCACUUCGAUUGUGAACAAGAGUAUCGGCGCCCAGGUCGAUACGCUUCUUCUUCGACUGCCCGACUUGACAAACAAGGAUGUCAUCGACCAGACAGCCAUUGAUUUCUGCUUUUUGAACUCCAAGGCAUCGCGAAACAGGCUCGUCAAGGCACUCACCGAAGUUCCCAAAGGACGCAGUGAUCUCUUGCCGUGCUGGGCUCGCCUGGUGGCGACUUUGGGACGAUAUAUGCCCGACAUUCCCAGGGGCCUGGUGGAGCACCUCGACGCCGAGUUCCGCAGCCUCCAGCGCCGCAAGGAAAAAGACUUCCUCGGCCAGGUACGCCUCAGCAACAUCCGCUACUUGGCCGAGCUCACAAAGUUUGGCAUUGUCCCCGAGCAUGUCGUCUUCCACUGCCUCAAGAUCAGCCUGGACGACUUCUCGCGCAUGAAUAUUGAGAUAAUAUCCAACCUUCUCGAGAACUGUGGCCGCUACCUGCUGCGCAGCCCGGAAACCUCUCCACGUAUGGUUUCCUUCCUGGAGACCCUCCAGCGGAAGAAGACGAUGCAGCACAUCGGGCAGACCGAGAGAAUGUUGAUCGAAAAUGCCAUAUACUAUGUGGACCCUCCGGAGCGGCCUGCCAUCCAGCAGAAAGAGAGAACGCCUAUGGAGCUGUUUAUCCGAAAGCUGCUGUACGUCGACCUGAGCAAGCGCAACGCCAACAAGAUUCUAAGACAGGUCGUCGAGCUUUUGAGAAAGGCGUUUUCUCGUCCUUGGAAGGUCAAAUAUGGGAAUGUGCAUCUUCUUGCCGGACUCCUCAGCGCUCUCUAUCGGCACCAUUCUGCUUUUGUCAUCAAUAUUGUCGAUGGCAUUAUCGAGUCGGUCAUCUUCGGACUUGAACAGAAUGACUUUCGUCAAAACCAGCGACGCCUCGCCGAAGUCAAGUAUCUCGGGGAAUUUUAUACAUACCGCCUGCUGGAAAAUCCUGUCAUUUUUGACAUGAUGUACAAGAUCUUGACGCUUGGUUAUGGCGGGCCGCCUAUACCCGGCCGCCUCAACCCCUUGGAUCUUCCGGAUGAAUAUUUCCGCAUCCGCCUCGUCGCCACUAUUCUCGAGACCACAGGAACCUAUUUCAACAAGGGUCCAGCAGGCAAGAAGUUGGAUUACUUGCUAUGCUUCUUCCAGUACUACAUCUUCACAAAGAAUCCUCUGCCGAUGGACAUCGAGUUCAUUGUUCAGGACACGUAUGCUCUUGUCCGACCGCAGUGGAAGUUGGCAACCAAUUUUGAGGAAGCACUCAAAGCAUUUCAGCUUGCGAGAGCCCAAGACCAGAAGACUACGGGUGUCGAGAAGGUCAUAGACCAAGACGACGGCGCUGCAUCUGAUGACGAGUCUUCAGAGGAUGAAAACGAAAACGGGGAUGAUUUAGGUGUGGCCGAAGCGGAGGGCGACGAAGAUGCAUCUUCGGCAGAUGAAGACGGAGAGGAUGAUGCCGACCAACGCGAGUCCGAUCAUAGUGAAUCCGAAGACGAAGAAAUCGUGGUAACUCGUGAGGAGGAACUAGUCGAUCCCGAGGAGGAAGCCGAGUUCGAGCGUGAGUAUGCGAGGAUUAUGGCAGAGAGCCUGGAAUCCCGAAAGUUCGACCGCAAGCCCAUGUUUGAUGUUGCUCUUCCGGUCCGGGCAAAGGCACGCGAAACAAACAUGACGCCUGUAGACAGCGGCGACGGUGGCGAUGCCGAGCAGCAAACACCAAGCGGAACGCCAACAAUGUCGUUCUCUCUUCUCACGAAGCGGGGGAAUCGUCAGCAGACACGGACAUUAGAGCUCCCGUCAGACUCCGAUUUUGCGGUUGCUAUGAGGAGCCAGCAACAGGCUGAGCGCGAGGAGCAGCAGCGCAUCAAGAACCUGGUGCUAAACCUGGACCUUCGUGAGAGCGAAGAGCUCGAUGACCCAGGACAUGAGAAGCCGACGUCGUACUUCCACAAUCGACCCGAUAAGGCGGGAAAAGACCGCUCACAACGCGUCCGCAAACUUCAACUGAGCGACGUAGACUGGUAUGGCCCUCCUCCCAGCAGUGUCAGGCGGGGUUUGCAUGGGUACGACAAGAGGGGACCUUAG